AUCAACCCAAAUGACCAACCGACUGUAGUUAAAACCCAUUCAUAAGUACUUCUGCCUCAUCGGCAGCGCAAAGUAGUUCAGAUCCGAUUCGACACGCAACCAUGCAGCUGCUCCUGCGCCCGGUCCAAGCCAUUGUAAUUUAUUCUAUCAGUGCGUUCUACGCGGUUCUGUUUGUGCUCAGAACGGCGAUUGAGUUCGUGGUAGAUCCGAACCGUUAUUGGUCAACAAGGACUCGGUUCUUGUCACCUGCAGUGCUGGAUGACCCUACAUUUGGGAGACAUAAAUAUGCCGAGGUUAAUGGUGUCAAGCUGCACUACAUCGAAAAUGGAAAUCCGGACAAACCGUUGAUGCUGUUUCUUCAUGGAUUUCCAGAGUUCUGGUUCAGUUGGCGUCAUCAAAUGAAGGAAUUCUCCCAAGAUUAUCGGGUGGUUGCACUGGACAUGCGGGGAUACGGAAGAUCAAGUGCUCCGAGUGAUCGAUCUGCUUAUCAACUAGAUUUAUUGAUCGAGGAUGUAAAAAGUUUUGUAACGAUGAUGGGUUACGAAAAGGUGACCUUAGUGGGACAUGAUUGGGGCGCGAUCGUUGGUUUUCAGUUUGUCCAGAAACACAUGGACAUGAUCGAUCGUUAUAUCAUGAUGGGAGCACCAUCGCUGGAUGUUACCAGAAGGCUGUUGGCAACCAGUUGGCGCCAAUUUCGGAUGUCGUGGUAUGCGUUUUUCUUCUUGAUGCCAUGGUUGCCGGAAUUUUACAUCAAAAAUAGAGAUUUCCGAUACAUUGAGGAUAACAUGGGAGGUUUCCUAACCAGUUUGGAUUUGGAGGUGUACAAGUACACGUUUUCAAAACCUGGAUCAUUGACGAGGGCGAUCGACUACUAUAGGGAGAAUUUCAGUUUCUUACGCAAAGAGGCAAAAUUACCCGAGAUUGAAAUAAUGUACUUGAUGGCUGAAAACGACAAAUUCAUAACCAUGCAGAGUGGACAACUGUUGAUGAAGGCCAUGCCACGCCUAAGAUGCAGAGUUGUACCCGGAUCCGGACAUCACACGCAGCAGGAUCAGCCUGUACUCGUUAACAAAAUGAUCCGCGAUUUUCUUGAGCUGAAUAACUGAUACACUUUUCCUUGUCAGGGUGUGUGUUAUGAUUAACCUGAUUAUCUUUUUAAAACUAGUAUGAAGAGUUUAUUAGCAAUAAUAAAACCUGUACAAUUAUGUUCAACAACA